AUGAAGAGAAAGGCUCCUAGCAAUCCUGUCAUCUUGCCUCAGAAACAAGCUAUACUAGAAGAAGACAAGGUGAAGUGUUUGUUCAAUGAAAAAAUUUGGAAUCCGGAAUUUCGUGAUGGACUGAAGCAGGAAAUUGCUGAAUCGAAGCCCUACAACUGGGGUACUAUUCGUGAUCUGGUCGAUGACGAGCUAUUACGUGCUGUUCGUAAGGAGAUUGAGACUGAAAUCCACUUCACGAAGAAGGAAACGGACAUUUAUAAGGUAAACCAAAGUGGUGAUUUGGCCAACUUGGCUGGGUUGGACUGGAACGAUUUGUCGCGUUUGCCAAAUCUUUAUAAGCUGCGUCAAAUUCUCUAUUCUGAAGUUUACAGAGAUUUUAUUGCUUAUGUUACGGGUUCCGGUAAGCUUUCAGGUCAGAAGGCAGAUAUGAGUAUCAAUACUUACACCAAGGGGUGCCAUCUCUUGACACACGACGAUGUGAUCGGUUCAAGAAGAAUCAGCUUUAUUCUGUAUCUGCCUGAUCCCGACAGGACGUGGAAGUCUCAUUAUGGUGGCGGUCUCAGAUUGUUCGACAGUAUUAUACCUAAUGUGCCAUAUUCUGACCCUUGCGCUAAAUUGGUUCCACAAUUUAACCAGAUUGCCUUCUUCAGAGUGCAGCCGGGUUUCUCUUUCCACGACGUGGAGGAAGUGAAAGUCGACAAACACAGACUAUCUAUUCAAGGUUGGUACCAUAUUCCUCAGAAGGGUGAAGAUGGCUACAUCCCUGGAGAAGAAGAAGCUUGGGUUCGAACAAACACUUCCACUUUGGCUCAAUUGGAGUCCAACGUCUUACAGGACUACGAAUUUCCUAAGUUUGAAAGAGACAUCUUGCCUUACCAUCAGGUGAAGCAUUUCGAAAAGGUGUUGGACUUCAAAAAAUCUGAUCAGGACCCGGAAGACCAAAAUCGGGAGGUUACACCAGUGAGCGCGAUUUCCGAUGAUAACCAUCUUUCUGAGCAGGAACUCGAAUAUUUGACGCAGUAUAUCUCUUCUGAACAUUUAAGCAAGCACGGAAUUGCCAAACUGCAGAACAAGUUCUUGGAAGAUUCUGCUUUGCAGAUAGAUUCCUUUUUGAAUGAAGCCAAAUCUGAGCUGGCAAAAAAACUGAUCAAGAAGGAGGAAUUGGAAAAAGAGUGUCCUUACGAGGCAAAAGAUGUUCAAUCCCCUUGGAAAACCGCCAUUCCACCGCACAAAUGGAGGUACUUGUACAUUGAUGGUAAGUCGCAUGAGAACUUCCGCAAUGAGGCAGAUAUCUUGGCCAACUUGAACCGCGAAGAGCUACCAAACUUUGAGUUAUUGAAGCAAACGCUUAGCGAUUCUGCAAAUGGAACUGAAAAAGAACUGAUUGAUCUCGUCGAAUUUUUCAAGAGUACAAUCUUUAAGAAAUACUUGGCACUGGUAACGUCUCUGUGCCCACUUAGCGAACAGAUUUUGAUCAGAAGGUUUAGACCAGGUCAGGACUUCACUUUAGCAACCAAAUGCCAGCUAAACGAGCUUUUGAAAAAUGUUGACGGCUUUGUGGACUCCGUUCUGGAGGGAACUUUAUGUCUGACUCCCUUUGAUGGCUGGGAAUCUGGCGAAGUUGGAGGAUACGAAUUGUACAUGGCAGACAAUGAAGAAGAACAUGAGGAGGAGACCAAAACUCAGUUGGAUAAAGAUGUUGAAGACGCUGCAGUUUACAGAGCUGACGAUAACGGCGACUCCGUCCUGAUUAACUCUCCAGCCCGUUGGAACACCUUCAAUUUGGUUCUAAGAGACGAAAGUGUUCUGGAAUUUGUAAAAUACGUCAGUUGGAGUGCUAAAUCGAGCAGAUGGGAUAUCAAAAUGCAGUGGGACGUCAAGCUCAACGAGACAGACCAAUAA